GAAGGAGGAUGGCAGCUCGGCGUGCGCUGAAAGCUGUCUUGGUGGAUCUCAACGGCACACUUCACAUUGAAGACUCAGCUGUGCCAGGCGCGCAGGAAGCUCUUAAAAGGCUGCGCAGCGCUCCAGUUACCAUUCGAUUUGUGACGAACACAACGAAGGAGUGCAAGAGGGAGCUGCUGGAGAGGCUCACAAAACUGGGCUUUGACAUUGCAGAAAAUGAGAUCUUCACGUCUCUGACUGCAGCCAGGAACCUUCUAGAGCAAAAGCAAGUGCGGCCUCUCCUCCUGGUGGAUGAUAAGGCCCUGCCUGAUUUCACAGGGAUAGCCACUGAUGACCCCAAUGCGGUGGUGGUAGGACUGGCUCCAGAGCACUUUCACUAUGAGAUGUUGAACAGAGCAUUUCGGUUGAUUUUGGAUGGGGCUCCUCUUAUUGCUAUACAUAAAGCCAGGUACUUCAAGAAAAAAGAUGGCUUGGCUCUGGGACCUGGACCUUUUGUAACUGGGCUGGAAUACGCAACAGACACUAAAGCAACCGUGGUGGGGAAGCCAGAGAAAACCUUCUUCCUGGAAGCUCUGCGGGGCACUGACUGCACCCCAGAGGAUGCUGUCAUGAUCGGUGAUGACUGCAGGGAUGAUGUUGGAGGUGCUCAGAAGGCAGGCAUGCGUGGGAUUUUGGUACGGACCGGUAAAUAUCGACCAGCAGAUGAAGACAAAAUCAAUCCAGCUCCUUACUUAACCUGUGAGAAUUUCCCAGAGGCAGUGGAACAUAUCCUGGAGCGCCUGCUAUGA